AUGCAAGCCUCCUUGGAAUUCUCAUCCAAGCGCAUCGAUACCCUACAGGAACGUGCAAAUUGUUCAGAAGAAAAACUUAAGAUUCAAUGUCGUGAAAUUACAGAAAUGCAAGUGAUAUUAGAUAGGCUUUCCUUCAAAACCCAAAGACAAGAGCAGUGGGCACGUCAGUUAAAUGUAGAAGUGGUGGGAGUACCAGAAGUUAAAAAUGAAAAUCUAACAAAUAUAGUAUUAAGCAGAGCAGAAAAAGCAGGUGUUGUGUUGCGCGCCUGCGUUAUAGAAAGCUGCACAAGAGUACAAUCGAAAGAUCCCGUUGAAGGUCUACCCCGCAAUAUAAUUAUAAAAAUGUCCUCCCGUAUUCAUAAGGAUAAUCUCAUUGCUGGCGUCAAAAAACAUCGUGGCAUCACUACUGGAGAUCUUGGGCACGGAGGUGAAUAA